GGCGAAGGAGACGACGGGUCUCUUGCCUGGGCUCGGCUGGCAGCGAAGGAAUCCGAGGGAGGGACCUGCCAGCGAUCCAGCCCUCCCCCUCCAUCUCCCUCCCCCCUCCCGCCUGGGGGUGGGUGGGGGCGAAGGAGGGAAGGGAGGGGGCUUCACUCAUGCCUCCUCCUCCUCCUCCUCCUCCGCAUCUUGGCAGAUUCUCCCAGUGCUGGCCAGCAGCCCCACCAGAAGGGACCCGGGCGCAGCCAAGCAGUCUUGACCCACGGCUGGGUCCUCUUCAGCAACGGGUCCUUCGCAGCCCAGCCUGGAGGAGAUCUCUCUCCACCCCCCUUCUUCACUACCGCUGUGGGUGGCAUCGUGCCCACCAGGACCAGACGAGAGGGGCAAGCCACUCGGAGGCUCCAGCUGGGACAGAGAUGACCGGGCUCUCUCCACGGAUGCCACCCAGGAGGGUCCAGAGGGCAGCGAACAGGUGCUGGCACCGGGGACGUUGGCACUGAGCGGGCGACUGAGCUGAAAGAACUGGCAAGAUUUACUAAAAAGGAGGCACCGGUCAUCUUCCAUCAGGGGACGGUAUGGAAAACGUCCAUGAGCUACAACACCCGCUACUGGCCAAAAGCCCUGGGAAGCUGACCCUCCAGAACGAGAUGCUCAGCCAAGCAAGCCACCAGGAACAUUCCAGAUUGUUUUCGCGCCAGGCCUUCCCCGACUUCCCUUGGUUCCACCAGCCGGGCUCCGUUCUCGCCAACCAGCUCUUGGAUCCCAGCAGCCUGCAGAAGACGGUGGAGCCGUACCAUCCUUCGGAUCCGGCGCUGUAUCCUGAGCGAUGGAAAACAAACCACCCCCAGGACUGGAAGAAGAAAGAUUACAUUGAAACAGCCUUCGGGGACAGCAAGGAGGCCGGAGAGCUGCCCCGUAAGGUAGCCCUCGAGAAGGACAUUCACACAGUCUGCUACGAAGUGGGCGACACGGAGGCACUGGAGCUUGAGAACGACUCCUCGAGCGACAGCGAUACGGAGAGCGACAGCAGCUUCUCAACUCUGCUGCCCCAAGAUUAUUUGGGGCUGGCUGUUUUCUCUAUGCUGUGCUGCUUCUGGCCACUAGGCAUCGCUGCCUUCUACCUGUCUCAAAAGACCAACAAAGCGUCAGCCAAAGGGGACUACCCCAAAGCCUGGACGUCUUCCCGCCAGACCUUCGCGUUGGCCGUCCUGUCGAUCAUCCUCGGCAUCUGCACCUACAUCGGGGCCGUCGUGGCCCUCAUCGCUUACCUGUCCAACAAGGCGCCCACCUAGCCCCCCCCCUCCAGCCCCCCUGGACAGAGACAUUCACCCUUCUCCUUCCCUAGGCCAGAGUGGGGAUAUUCCGGGGGGGGGGGGGGAGGGGAGGUUGUGAAGGCAAGAUGGAGCUGCCACCAGCCGGUGGCCUUCAUAUCAGCAGCCCCACAGAAUGAAGAACCCUGCGGAUUUGGGUGCAAAAGGCUGAAACUGUACUAGCGCUCGAUCCCUUGCAAAGCUUGAGAGGGGGGGAGCUGGGAAGGGGCCAGAUCUGAACCCACAUUCCCCCCCCCCCCCCCGGGCGUCAAAGCCUAGCUUUGCGUUCAACACACACCCAGUUUGGGGAGAAGCCAGCCCUCCAACCUCCCUAUCUGGAAGAGACAGAUGGGGCCAAUCAUCCAACUGGGCAUGCAAUAGAAUCCUUGGGAUGGACGUUGCUUGGGACUGUCACCCCCCCCCCCCGCCCCCUCUGGAGCAGAAGUGGCGUAGGAGGUUAAGAGCUCGUGUAUCUAAUCUGGAGGAACUGGGUUU